UUGGCCCAGCGUCGUCCGGAUUGGCCGUCAUUGUAAAUAAAGGUUAAAUAAAAAAUGAAAUGGUUUCGUAGCGACUUUGCAACCCACUGAUUGCUGCGAACAUGUUAAUAAAAUUACGUCUUUGUAAUCGUCAUCUCUAUGCGACAUGUUGACUAAAAAGCGCACAGCAGACCAAAUGACAUCUGCCACACGUAAUCAGGUCCUGUCACUGUAUAUGAGGGUAUUUCGGAUCGCCCGGGGCUGGCAGUCCACACUCCCACAAGAGACUGAGAGCGAGAGACAGUACAUUGUCCAGGAGGCCCAGACCCUCUUCAGACAGAACCAACAGCUGACAGAUCAUACAUCAAUAAAGAAGUGCAUAGACGAAUGUGAGGCAAGGAUAGGAAUUGGUCUUCAUUACAGGAAUCCCUAUCCAAGACCUCUCUACCUGCCUGUAAUGGGACUGGCAACCCAGAGAGGCAGGAAGCUGAAAGCACAGCAACGCAUGAGGAAGCAGGCCAAGCCGGUUUACUUACAGUCACAUGACGAAGACAAUUGAGACUAGAUUAACUCAUGUUGCCAAGGACAGGAAGACCGUCACUGGCUGAUCUCAGGAGGAGUUGAGUUCAUAUGACCACUCAGCUGUAGAUGACAAAAGUAAAUUAUAUCCAAUGUUCAUCACGCACAUCAAUGUUCAUCAAGCAAAUUUCAACUCGCACUGCAGGAUCCAAUCCAUCAUGUCUGUGCAACAGUAUACUUUACCGAGUAUAUGUAUGCAUGCAUUUCCUGACAAAAGCUGUUAUGUAAAAUGUCAGUCUUGUCUGUCCCGUAAGAUAGUCAGCCAAAAAGAUGUAUGAUAUUGUUUUGACUAUUUAUUCUGUCAAUAAAUUGAGUUUUGAUAAAUGCCA